AUGGACGCGGCCAAACUUCGUGUCGAAGGCAAAAAGAUGAUAGACAUCGUCGCCGACUACUGGGAGAACAUUCGAUCUCGCAAGCCGCUUCCAGAUGUCAAACCAGGAUAUAUCACUAAUUUGGUUCCUGCUCAUCCUCCGAGUGCGCCGGAAGACUGGGAGAAAAUCUAUAAUGACCUGGAGAAGGUGGUGUGGAGUGGAAGCACCCACUGGAAUCACCCGCACUUCUUCGCCUACUUCCCGGCUGGAAUCACCUACCACUCGAUCAUGGCCGAUAUUCUGAGCAGCGGACUCUCUUCCGUCGGCUUCAGCUGGAUCGCCUGCCCUGCCAUCACGGAACUCGAGAAACGAUCGUUGGAUUGGCUCGUCGAGUUGAUGAGUCUUCCGGAAUACUUCAAGAACUCGCACCCGGGCCCCGGAUGCGGAAUCAUUCAGAGUUCCGGCUCCGACUCGAUCCUCAUCGCCAUCCUGACGGCCAGAGCGAGCAAAGUGGAGCAGAUCAAAUCGGAGCCCACGUUAUACCAAUGGCUGGCAGAAACGAGUGUCGCAAAGUCGUUGCGCAAUCUGCUCUACUGGCACAAAGUGGACCGUCCGAGCUAUGAUUCUACCGACGUCAUCACUCCGUACUACCACGAUCCGACGGUCUUCCGAAACUUUGUGAUGUACUUCUGCGACCAGGGACAUUCGUCGAUUGAGAAGGGAGGAAUGCUUGCCGGAGUUCUCUUUCGCAAGUUGAAAUCCACGAAAGGCUACCUCGGAAAUUACGGACUUGACCCGGAUGUUCUGAGGAGUGCUAUCAAGGUAUUGAGAGUUUUCUUUUGAGUCGGAGACAUUCGGAUAGUUUCCAGGAAGACCGUUCUCGCGGAUACGUUCCGUUCAUGCUGGUGUGUACUGUCGGAACGACGAACACUUGUGCAGUGGACGAGGUCGACAAACUGGGACCGAUCUGCAAGAAAGAAGGGCUUUACCUACACGUGGAUGCCGCGUACGCCGGUCAGCGAAUGCCCUCCUUCGCUCGCAAAAUUCAGUUGAUUUCAGGUUCUUUCGCCUUCUGCAAAGAGUUCAAAUAUCUGAUCAAAGGUCUCGAAUACACCGACUCGUACAAUCUGAAUCUGCACAAAGCGGGAAUGAUUAAUUUUGAUUGUUCGCCUCUGUGGUUCAGAAACGGAACGUACGCUUCCCGAUACUUCAACGUAGACGCCGUUUAUUUGGCACACGAGUAUCAGUCGACGGGCACGGAUUACAGAGUGAGCAGCACAACUGACUACUUGAAUAGGAGAUUGUUUAGCAUUUGGAAGUCCCGCUGGGCCGUCGAUUCCGAUCUUUGAAAGUGUGGUUUACGCUGCGCAAUCUCGGAGUUGAGAAGAUUAGAGAGUAUCAACGAAACGUGAGAUUUUGCUGUUUCGGUUGGCCUUCAUGGGAAUUGUUUACAACUAGAAGACGAAAUGAUCGAAUUAAGCGGAAACCCUAAUGAUUCAGAUGUGCGAACUCGCGUUGUUCUUUUCAAAGAUCAUCGUCGAAGACGGAAAGUUUGAAUUGUUCACUCCUCCGCAUCUCGGAUUGGCCACUUUCCGUCUCAAAAACGUAGUUAAAUUGUUCGUUAACCUGACAAAUAUUCGUAUUUUGUAGCACUCCAACGCCGACAAUGAAAGAUUGUGCACGGCAAUCAACAGAGAUCGUCGGAUCCAUCUGGUGCCUGCGACGGUAUCCGUUUUCUAACCACGUUCCCUUCCACGUUCCCUUUUUUCAGGUCAAAGGCAUCUUCAUCCUUCGCAUUUCCAUCAACAGCCCCAUUUCGACUGAAGAAGACAUCCGUUUUGCGAAGAAAGUCAUAUUCGAGAUUGCCAACGAUCUGUUCAAAAAGUGAUUAUGGCAUUAGCGAAUAAGAUCGUAUUGACACCUGUCGCCCUGCAAUUAUACGAUUCUGCGCGAAAGUUUACGCAACACGCGUAUCGGUUACGCGGAUUAGUGUUCCCGGACGGACGAGAUCGGCUGCCUUCUCGCACGCAUCCGCGCGCGCGGAUUGUUUGGACAGCACGCCGAACUUUCUGAGCUUGCUGAACUUUUGGCAACUGCUCGGUGCGACACGCGAACUCUGCAAAUUGCAUCUGUCCCGCGCUGAACUUUGGAAGCCGAUUCGAUGCGGAGAAUACGGAGCAGUUCCGUGUUGCACUUUGUCGUUUCCAGGUAUCAGGGGACGGAUUAGCACGUGAAUAGGGCGGAAGACGAGGGGGAAGCUGAGCGGUGACUGGCACAGCUUUAUUUUUGUCUCUUGGGCGAUUAUCCCUAUAGACGGAUGGAGCGUUUCAGAACUUUCCAAAACUUCCAAAUAUUUGCGAACAAAUGUCCUUCCAGCUUUAGCAUUCGGGUGUGUUUUCGAUGUUUGCCCGCUACGGUAAACACGGGGUGGCAAAGUGCAAAACUCAUCGAACCACUACGGUAAUCUCGCUUCACUGAUACUUCUCAUUCGAGCGAUAUUGUCUCCAAGAGAACUGGAGAACUGUAGUUUGGUUGGCGCACCGAUACUCACACUCGUCUUCUCAUUCUCGUGGCGGAGGAGGAUGCGUACCGAUCGUAACCAAUUGAAAAGAGUGUUCAAUGAGUGAACGACCUCUCCCAUCCGUGCCUUCUUCCAUCCCCCUCACCCAUCCUCUCUAAGCUUCGCAUAAUCUGGUCACAUGCCCCCCCCGUCCCUCUCUCUUUUCAAUGCGCCUGAUGCCUGGUCGGCUGAAAUUCCAAUUUUUCGCUGCAAAUCGAACAGGCAGGGGCGAAGAGGCAGAGCGAGAGAAUCGGACGAGAUGGGCGGUGUGUAUGUGCGUGGCCCCCACGGCCCUCGGGGGCGCAGAAAGUGAAAGCUGGCGACGAGACGCAGACCGUCAAACAUUGAAUUCCGCGUGCCCGUCGGCACCCUCCGCCGCCCCGUACUCUAUUUCGAUAGCCUUCUCCCAACACCCCGAACAGCUCACAAACAGCCACCACACCGAGUAGAUGAUUAGAGAGGAAAUGCGCGAAAAACGUGGAGAACAUCUCAACCGCGUUUCCCGUGCACUUGCUCUCGGCUCCCAUAGCAACUACUCGCUUCCUUCUUUUUGUUCCUUGUAUUCUCCUUCCUCUCCUUCUUUUUCUUCUUCAUCUUACUUCCUCUUCUCCCCCGACGCUUUUCUCCUUCUUUUUCCAACCAACCUUUGUGCUGACAGAUGCGCCCAACAGCUGUUCUGUUUGACUCCUCUCCGUCUUGUCCGUCCGCUCCGCACUUUUUGACCAUAUCAUUUCGCAUCGUUCUCCCGCAUUUUAUCGGUCCCUCUUUUCUUACUGUACUCAAGCCGAUCACCGAAGAAGAGAAAAAAGAGAGAGAGAGAGAGAGAGAGUUCCUUUUCCUUCUAUUUUUCUCUUUUUCGAGGGCAAAUUGGAUGAACAAAAGCAAACAAGUCGUGAUGUUUGACCUCGAACCGGAAAACCCCGCGUUUUAAUGUAUGAUUAUUCUGUAGCCGGCUACUGCUUCAAAAAUCAUUCUCUUUUUGUCAAGGGCAUCGAAUGUGAAAAACACGAUGACCACUUUCGGAGAGUCGAGGAAGUAUACUGUAGUUAUAAUUGGGUUAGCCGGAGUGUUCCCUACGAGCACUCAACUAUUCCUAGUACAGUAAUUGGAUAAUCUGAUCGUGGUGACGAGCAGAAAUCCGCGGAUCCCACAAAACAACUUUGCGGAUUCAACAAACAAAGAGUCAGUAUUUGAACCCAUAAAUUCCGCAUUCCACAAAAAUAAUUUUCAUUUCCGCGGAAAUCUGGUUACGAGUCACCGCCAACCAUUGACCAAGUUAGUUUCCCUUGUUGCAAUCGCGCAAAUUUCUGCGCAAGAAAUCCACCGAAGCGUCUCUCAUUUCGGCUGAUCCUCUCGAGCUUAAAGAUAAGUUUCAGAGCAUCGAGGUGCAGAUGUUUGAUGCGAGUCGGCUGGCCCAUACCUCAAACAAACCACAACAGCCAAUUAGAAGUUGCGCGCUGAAAGAAGAACUUUCAAGUCGGUUGCCGCCCUACUCGGCUCCCCAGCACAAGGUGUGAGCCACGCGCACGAGCCCUCCUCCCAACGCGUGCUCUCUCCAGAAAGCGGCAGAAGAGCUUUGGUCUCUGCGGGCUGCAACCACGGGCUCGCGGUGUCACAUGGAAAUUCGCAGUUUCGCACUCGUCCAACUUGUUUUGUUGUCAAAAACGACACGUUCCAGAAGCGAGUGAGCUCACGCCUUCUUUCGAGCAGAACUGAUUCGCAAUGAGUGAGCACGCUAGCGAGAGAGAGUUGUUCUGAGAAGGGCGGCCGCCUUUUGGAAUCACUCACAUUACACAAAACACCGGUGACGAAAGCAGAAAAGAGAGGUUGUCAGCGGGAUCAUUGGGAUGCGAGUUGGCACAAAGUGCACGGGGUGAUACGAAUUUAAAAAGAGACAUGUCACCGAGUUGUACAAUUUUGUUAAAAAUAGACACACGCCAGCUUGUGCGUUGUAAUCAACUGGCCCCGAAGUUUCGAGUCUCGAGACGGAAAUAACCUUUUGUCCCCCGUGGUCGUCGAUAAUGAAGCGAGAUGACUUUUUAAUGAGUCCGAUCCCAACAUUGGCCCCACUCAAAAUAACUUGUUUAUUGUGCUUCUCCGGCUCUCCGGCUCUCCCUUUCUCUCCUCCUGCUUCCUCUCCCUUGCUCGUUGUUUGUGACAAACGGAUGACUCGUUAAACCCUCCUUCUACAUGAGUCCGAUCCGUUCGGGCACCUCUCCCUCCGCUCUUCUCCCGUCCUUUCGCCACGCCCACUUUCUCGAGCCGACGCGCUAUAAAAGAGCGACCGACGGCCCGAGCUUUCCGUGCUUCUGUCCUCCUUUUUUUCCUUCUCAUUCCACUCCGCUAUUCGGCGGCGUUGCCACGUCACGUCACUUUGCAAAACCGAGUGUCAUUUGUUUUGCCACUUGUCAACAGGCACGCGAAACGCACGGAGGUGCAAGUGAUAAGGGUAGAAAGUGACCAGUGUGCUCCGUCGUUGGCUGCUCUUCCUCUUUCUCCUCCUCCUCCUCCUCCUCUUUUUCCAUUUCCUCUUGCUCUCGCUUCUUCGCCAUCGCCUCAACUGAUCGAUUCGUUUUCAGAAUGAAUCAGACUGAUCAGAAGGGGACCGUCCGCCUCAAGGCGUUCAUCUUGCUCGCUCUCGCCACCGCCGUCCUCGCGACCCCAACUCCGGCCACGCUGGACGACAGAGUGACACGCGUUCUGACUGAAACUGCCGAGAAAGAAGUGAGCGAAACGCGGCGAUGCGUGAGAUAAUCACCAAUAUUUCAGUGGGUGAGCGAGCUCGUCAAGAGAACAUCUGAUGGGUCGAGUGAGGCGAAUGCGAAUGAGGACUUGGCCGAGAAUGAGCAACCGCCGCACACGUCGAUGUCGACCGUUGAAGGCGAGGAAGAAAAGUUCCUCGAAUGCUAUGUAAGUCGGAAACAUCGGAAACACUUGUUCUCAGUUAAUAAUUUGUCAUUCAGUCCUACGACGAUGAUCAAUGUAUUCGAAAUGGAGAGUGUGCAAUCACUAAGGAGAUCUGCGGAGCCGACAAGCAUCUCAAGUUCUUCGGAUGUCUCGCUGUUUUCAGCUGGGACAAGGAUGACGUUGUGAGUCGACGUGGGCAUGUUUUGUGUUCUUCUGGUCACGAGGCCUCAUAUUGUUUCAUCCGUUAUUCAUGACCGACUUCCGGCAUUUCGCUUCUGACUUCUGACAUUCUGACUUUCUUGUGACAGGGAUUAUCGCUCUCGUGAUUCCGAAAUUGUAGAACGCUUUAGGACGUUUGAUUUGGCGUUGGGUUGUAUUGUGAACGCCAGCCAAAGUGAAUAACAAGAAUCAGAUACACUUUCAGUACAACGAAACGAUCAAACACGUAAUCGCCACGAAGAAGCACAUCAGAAAGCUCGGAUGUAUGCAGUUCCAGGACGACCAGUACAUGAACUGUUUGGAGACGUCUCGGGUGAGUUAGACGUGCUUCUGACGAAGGAGACUUUGAGGCUUUCAGUGUGUGCAAGAGCCGCCGUUUCGCAGCGGAAUCUCGAUGUGCUGCUGCACGGAGUCGGACUGCAAUGCCGACGGACUCAUCUCGAUGAAAAAUCCGGCGUUUAAGGGUCAGUCUACACCCGCACUUUUGUCCCCGCACAUGUAACUCUAGCCAACCUUCCUUGUUUAUACGCGACCGCUAUCAGUGCUCACUGUCGUCGUAACCACUUUCUAUCCUUUCGAUCCCGACUCGCUUCAGCAUGUCAUAUCCCUUCUAUCCGUUAUGUGCCCCCUGUUAUUCACCUUUUAAUUUUCUUAUCUUUCGUUCUGUUCGUGGCUUCGGCGAGUAAACCACUUUUCUUUUCUCUCUUCGUUUUUCAUUGCGUUCUGUGUUGAAAGCAAGAGCAACAAGAGCAGAAGCACCACGGGCACCUACCUCACACAAACACACACGCACACGCACACAUCACACAAAAUACUUGACGACGUCACCAUCAAUCCAUCCGACACACACACACACACACAAUGUUUCAGACCAGUCAUCUUCGCGGGACUCGUUCUUAUGGAUGACGACUCCGUUCUCGAACCAGGACGUCGACUCUUUAGGUGGGCGGAAGGGGAACCGUGCCACGUCAUCGUGCUAGAAAGGGGGGUAUUUGGGAUUUAGCACCGCUUCUUUCGGGGGGAAAUGAGUAGUUGUGCAGCAAGUAUGAGCCAACAACAAAACGUUUCGUAGUUGCUGCACAAUAAAUCAAUCUGAUUACUUUCUUGAUUUUCAGACGCGUAUCCGAUCUAUUGGCUCGUCACACUCGUGCUCGCGGGCAUCUUCCUCGCCGCUCUUGUUCUGUUGGUCAUCUUUGCCUGGAAGUCACAGCAGAAGAAGAAGAAGAGAAAGUUUAACACGGUGAGAGCCCCUGCUCUGCUCGGGAGGUAAACAUUUUCUUGCAGGAGAGAACGAGUGUAGUGGAGGCCGGCAACACUCCGCUCGUGGACCAGACCUUGCUCGAGUUGCUCGAAACGCCCAAACCAUACAGGCCACCAAUCACUGACUUCAAACAGAUUGCAUGUGGCCGAUUCGGAAGGGUUUACAAGGCGAAGUGGACGGAGAACGGAGUGUCGCGUGACGUGGCAGUCAAGAAGCUGAAGUUGGGCGAUAAAAUAUCUUUUGAUGCGGAGAAGCAGAUCUACGACGGACUGAUAUUGCUGCCAAAGUGGUACCCGGGCGUUCUUCGUUAUUAUUACGGGGAUAUUGUCGGAAAUGAAUACUGGAUCGUGACAGAGUUCCACGAGAGACUCAGUCUUUACGAGCUCAUCACCAAGAACAUCAUCAGCAUCAGUUCUGCGAACCGAAUCAUUCUUACGAUGCUCGACGGCCUCCAAUUCCUGCACGACGACCGCCCAUUCUUCUUCGGCUAUCCCAAACUGCCCAUUAUCCAUAGGUCAGUUGGCUGCAAAACAGAUUAUUGGCUUACGACCCUGAGUAUAUGUAUCAUCUCUUUCGUAUUUUGAGAGCUCUGCCGCAAAUCCUAGUGAUAAAAGUCACGUCCGACCGGGGCGUCGUUUUGCUGAUGACGAGAGUACGUAUCUUGUUUUUGCAGGGACAUCAAGUCAAAGAACGUGCUGGUGAAGAGGGACAUGACGGCUUGCAUUGCGGACUUUGGACUCGCCCGCCUCUACAGAUUUGACAUCGAGGCCAGCGAUCUACUGGGACAAGUGGGCACUCGCCGGUACAUGUCCCCGGAAGUGCUCGAGGGCGCCACCGAGUUCACGGCGAACGCGUUCAAGUCGAUGGACGUCUACUCGAUGGGACUGGUUACCUGGGAAGUGAUCACCCGAACCAAAUUGGAUGAAAACGACGAGGUACCCGAUUACCUGCCUCCUUACGAUAAAGUCGGAAGCAAUCCCGCCAUAGGAUACAUGCGCAACCACGUUGUAAGUAAGAAAAUGCGACCGCCAUGGAGACAGGAACACCGUGAUCACGCGCACGUUUCUCGUCUCUUGAGGGUGGCCGAGGAGAUGUGGGAGGCUGAAUCUUAUGCUAGAAUUACUGCUGGCUGUGCUUUCGCGCGUGUUUGGGAUAUUGUGAAGAAUCCGAACGAUGGAUCGGAGGGUUAUGGCAGUAGUGACAGUGUGAAAGGAAAGGAUAGUGACGACGAGGACGAGAUUGAGGUGCUGAACGAUGAGGACGAGGCGAAUGACAGCGAAGAAGAGCCGGCACUGCUGCCGAGCUACAGACCCGAAGACAUUGAGGAGAUGGUGAAGUACCACAACUCGCCCGAGACGAGAGCCCAUCCCACUCCCGAUCCUUACCUCGACAACUGUCCUCCGAUCCCGCCACUCCCGGAUAUCUCAGAACUAGGUGAGGAACAAUGACUAGAAUCCAAGGCUGGAAACAUUCUUUCAGGCGUCGCAUUCCCAGAACCGGAUGGAGAAGAGGGCGAAGAAAUUAAGGAGCAGACAUCGUCGGAAUGGUCUCCUGUGGAGAAGAUCUUCGACAUCCAAAAGGCGACAUGGUUCACCAAGGAACAAGCUGAGCAAGAGAAGGAAGCGGAAGAAGUGAACACUCGAGCCUCGACGCCCACGCCUUCUGGAUCUCUGUAG